AUGGUAUUAACAGAUAGAAACUUUAACACUUCAUUCUUUGAAGUAGCCGGAGGGGGUUUUGGUAUAAUUAGUACUGUUAUAUCUACAAGUUCAAGUAAACCUAUUUUUGGUUAUAUUGGAAUGGUUUAUGCUAUGAUGUCUAUAGGAAUCUUAGGAUUUAUUUUAAAAAUAAUCAAGAUAUAG